GCGUCAACUCAGGGAGGGAAAUGCCAACCAAGGGAACCGCGCUAAAAUGAAGGUAGCCUUGGCCUCCCACAACCAAGGUCCAGAAGGGAGGAUGAUGUGUCAGAUCCCCUGGAAGGAACCUCCACUAUGUAUGCCCAGGAAAGAAAUAAUAACCAGGGCUAGAGGGGCCCUGCUUCUAGCCAGGGAGAGGCAUGGAAUGACAGGAUCUAUUGGAUAGUGUGGGUGCGAUGGCCUGGCACAUCAAAGCCAAAGAAACAUGAAGUGCUAGUUGAUACUGGUUCACAGUGCACCUUGAUACCAUUAGAACAUGUGGGGAAGGUACCUGUUUCCAUUGUUGGGGUGACAGGGGGAUCACAGAAAUUCACUUUGCUGGAAGCUGAGAUUAGCCUGACAGUGAAGGGGUGGCAGAAACAUCCAAUUGUAACUGGCCCAGGGGCACCGUGCAUUCUAGGCAUAGACUUCCUCAGGAACGGCUACUACAAAGACCCAAAGGGGUUCAGGUGAGCUUUUGGAAUAGCUGCUGCAGCAGCAGAGAGCAUUAAGCAGUUGAACAGCUUGCCUCAAACCCGCCAAGGCGAGCGCUAUGUGUUGACCAUGGUGGAAGCCACCACUGGGUGUUUGGAGACCUACCCUGUGCCUCACGCCACUGCUUGGAACACCAUCCUGGGCCUGGAAAAGCACGUCCUCUGGAGGCAUGGUACCCCUGAGAGAAUUGAAUCAGACAACGGGACUCUUUUCAAAAAUAGCCUUAUAAGCACCUGGGCUAGAGAACAUGGCCUUGAGUGGGUGUACCAUAUUCCCUACCAUGCACCAGCGGCUGGGAAAGUCAAACGGUGCAAUGGUCUGCUUAAAACCACCUUAAAGGCACUUGGUGGGGGGACUUUCAAAAACUGGGAGAUCAAUCUACGAAAGGCCACAUGGUUAGUGAGUACCCGAGGUUCCACUAACUGAGCAGGCCCUGCCCAAUCUGAGCCCUUGGGAACACCAUAUGGAGAUAAGGUCCCAGUGGUACACCUGAGAGGCAUGUUAGGAAAAAGAGUUUGGGUGAACUCUGCCUCCAGCAAAGACAAUCCUGUUCGUGGGGUGGUUUUCGCACAAGGACCAGGUUGCACUUGGUGGGUGAUGCAAAAGGAUGGAGAGACCUGAUGCAUACCCCAAGGAGACCUUGUUCUAGGGUGAACUAUCUAUGAUACUGUGCCUGUAACUGCAUGUAUGUAUAUGAUUUAAAAGUUUUAAUUGCUGUAGCAUGUUGGCAUGGAAAAAAUUCGGGUGGAUAAUGUUGGUGGUUGAGUGUUUUUCUAUUACUGUGUCAAUUUAAAGAAUUUUUCCCAUUAUCAUGCCAAUGGAGCUGGCCAGGUUACACCCAAGACCUUUGACGACUCUAGAUAAAAGGGUUAGGUAGGAGUGGCUUCAGGAGGGGCUCCUGUGCUUCCAGAGGGGACUCGUGCUUCCGGUGGGCUCAGCGGAGGACACCCCCCCAUCUGAAGCCACGCAGAUGAAUGCAGGAGAGCCAGACCCUCUGCGAUCACCUGCCCUGCAUCUGCCCUGUGGACACAGCGAAUCACCUGGACACAGACGGUGAGCGAGGAGCUGCCCCCUCCAGCCGCUCCCCUGUGAGACCGGCAUGGCCGCUGCCACCCCCUCCCGCCUCCGCUCCCACCUGCUCUCUGCAGCUGCUGGGCUUUGCUCCGGCUGCAGCAUCGGGACCGAGUGCAGAGAGAGUGUGCCUGCAGCUAAAGAAAGGACUGGGACCGAGUUAUCUGUUCUGUUUUGUUGGUCAUUUUAACAACUGCUGUUAUCUCUGCUUGUACGGUUAAAUAUAUGAGUAAAAGAGCUGUUAUUCCUACCCCCUUAUCUCUGCCUCAGAGUCUUUGAUUCAAACAAUUAUAAUUCUUGGGGGAGUGGAAUUAAAGUCUCUAUUUCAAAGGAAAACUUCUGCCUUUAUUGGCAGACACCUGUCCUUCAAACCAGGACACUAACAAAUUAGGACUUCUCAGUGCUUGAUUCCUAAUUGGAUACCAGAAUCAUUAACCUGUUUAAACAUAAAGAAUAAUGGACCUUUGCAUUGAUAGCUGAUCUAAUAUUAACAAAUGAGUACUUCAAUUUCAAUUUUAUUUACUAGUAAAUCACUGUUCAUCUGCAAAACCUGCUGCCUGAAUCUGUUAGAAGUCAUUGCAGAGCUUAAUUUACUGAUUGGCUGAUUGUUUGAUUAUACUAGUUUUAAUUCUUAAAUUUAACUGACAAAAAAAUUAUUUUUGUUUGUUUCCAUGUGAGUGCAACUAAUUUGCUUAAAAAUUCAUAAGAACUCAGAUUUGUCUAAUCAUAUUGGUGAUUAUUGCCAAGUCUACUGGGAAUCAAACUUGAAUGGUCCUUUUCAAGUAUAUUCAUGCAUGUGUUGCUGAUAUUGUUUCUCACUGUGACAGAUUUGUCUCCUAUAGGAUGAAAAGUGAGUGCCCAAGGAAUGAGCAUUAGUUUCAGAGCUGACAAGUAAGUAAAAUGUCUCAUCUACCUACACAUCAGCAGAUAAACUAUACUCUGGACAUCUGAUGGUUACAGAGUUCCACAUGGAAGUAGUAAGGCAUUCCUGCAUUCUAUGCCACCCUUCCUCAAAGCUGUGCUAAGGGCACUAAAUUAAUGAGCCAACCUCGAAGAGAAAUAAUUUCCUUCCAUGAGUAAGUGGAGAAGUGGAGGGAAUUUGGGUCAGAAGCAAACAUAAUCGUCAUUCUGCUCCCUUCUGUGUCAGCACAGGAAGCUGGCUGGACACGAAGGAAGGAACGUGUUCCAUCCGGCAGAGUCUGAUGGCACACUCCCCACUUGUGCAAUAUUACAGUUCAGGAGAAAUAUGACUCAGAGGAUGCCUCUGAGUUACAAUUUCUCACUGAGCUGCUCCGAACGGACAUGGCCACAUUUUGUCCCAUCUUGGAACAGACCCGCCUCACCCUGCAUUCUCAAGUGUGUAAAGCAAGCACUGACUUUGUGAGAGGCACCAAAGCACUGGGCACUAAUUCCUUUUGCAAUUAAACCAGUCUCACAUAUACUAACGAAAAGGCAACCACUCUUUACUAAUGACGUUAAACUGUAAAGAAGCGCAUUUAGUAUGUAUGUUGUCCGAGAUGUCUGUGGUGUCACGCUAUAUACAUUUAAAAUAAUUCCUUACAGACCGACAAAAGUAUUUUCACCGCGCCUUUCAGAAGCGGAAAUUGCGGGCUCUCUAGAGCUCACGGCAUUUCCACAGCCAGGUGCACUCCCUGAAGCUCGCUCCGGGAGCGGCAAGACGGGAGCGCCAUCCGUCCGUCCCCCCGCGGGUCCGGAGGCGCUCCCGGCCGCCGCCCGGCGCCCUCCCACUGGGACGGGUACAAAGCCACGUCCUCGCACCCGCCAGAACGGCCGUGGCCCCUCGACAGAGCUGCCAUGGGAACAAGCCGCCGCCCAGGUUGCAGAGCCUCUCCCAGGGAGUGGGGGGCAGUGCGGGAGGAGCGGAGCGAGCUGUCGCGGUGGUGCUGCGUGCGGAGAGAGAUUAAGGAGCAUCAGGGAGUUCCAGAAAGGUGGAAUCAAGCUCUUCCCUCCCUGAGAUGGAAACAGGGACGACCACCAGAGAAAACCCAUAAUCACACCUCUUAAAUACAUUUAACUAAAUACAUAAAUAGCCCCUUCUUAAAUACAUUAUCCUUGAGGCGCUAGCACCGCGUGGGCUGGCACUGGCUAUACUACUGGACGUAGGGGAAAUUUCUGGCAGCUCCUCUCAGAAGCCACCCGUGUAGACUCUACGCCCAGCUACCCACACCUACUGAAAUAAAUAACCCACUGCAUGUCACCAACACCACACUGCCUCUGCCAGCAAACCCAACACAUUCCAUCCCUCACCUCUGGGACAAAUUACAUAUCUGACACGCAGAAUGAAAGAAAACAUAGAGCUAUUUAUCCCAAAAUAAAAUAAGUGGGUGAUGGGAGUUGGUGUCAGGAAUUGUUGAGAGUUGUCAUCUCAUAAUGAAUCAUAGGUGAUGUAGCCCAAGAAUGACGUUGAAAGCAAAUCAAGACAGAAAGUAAAGAGACCUGUGGUCAAAAUUACUGGCUAGGGAAAUGAUCUUUGCUGUUGUAUUACAGGAAAAGGAUUACUUUUACACUUGACAUGACUGGUACACACAAAUCCCUAACUAAAAUAAAACGUACCUUUGGCAGAGGUGCUUUUCUUAAGAGUGAGAACCAGAAACAGCCUCCGUGGCCAACACCCUGCCCUGCCGCAGUUUAAGCACCCCCACACCACAGCACAGGAACAUGGCUUGGGUUCUGAGCUGUAACGGACCUGACGUUGGACAGCGUUCUCUGUGAGGACAUAGGCCAGCUGGCAAAAGGAGGAAUUAAUUACCAGACGAAGAAAGUGUUGGGGAAGUGGGCAGAGGACUGGAAGUGGCUCCCUGCCCUCCAACAUUGCUUCUGAAAUGGUGGGAGAGCCGUACAUGUAAUAACAUCCAGCGCAGUAUUUUAUUGAUACAAUUAAUCUAGAUGGAGCAGAGAUUUUUACGGCACACAAGUGCCCAUUAACUGUGAAACAGAAUUAAUUUGCUCUUCACUCUUCGUAUUUCGACUUAAACCCUAGGAAUUAUGUCAUUGGCCUACUCGCAUGCCACAAGCAAUGGACUGCACAGCAGUCACAAGAUUAACACGACUGUCACCCCACUAAAACCCCACUGCGACUGGCACCGGGCAAUCCCAAACCUGAGACAAGUUACAUCAGUGCAUCGGAAACAAACAACCCACUGCAAGCCACCAACACCGCGCUGCUUCUGCCAGCGCAGGAAGUGGGGGAUGAGGGGGCUGUGAGGAGGUCUUUGGGGUUCUGAGAGCUUAGGGGGCUAUGAGGGCUGUGAGGGUUCUGAGGGUGCUGCGGAGGCUAUGAGAGAAUCUGUGAGGGCUUUGAGGGGGCUCUGAAGGCUGAGAAGAUGUAUGGGGUCCGAGACGGCCAGUGAGGCAAAACCCUGAUGUCUGUACGGAGACAGGAGCGACAGCACAACGCCCACCGCCGACCUUCGCGCCCACACCCAACCCCGGCACUUGCGCACUGGCAGGUUGUUUACUUCCUUCGGGGCGCGCGCUCCGCCCCCACUCGCGCGCCCUCCCCGCCGGCCAAUGGCAGCCGCCGCCAGCCCCGCGCGCUAGGGGCGAGUCCCGCCCCGAAGGAACCUGGAGAACGCAACGUCAGCCGGUAGUGCUCGUCAGCCGGGGCUUUGCGCUGAUUAUCCAAGCAGCCUGCCCAUCUUCUCAAGGCCCCCCUUUCCUCUUUACUCUCGCCGCCGAAUACAUAACUCCCUGGCCUUGCCUCCCCCGUCUGUGUGUGUGAGGCGCAGAUUGGCUGUCGGACCGACCGCUCAACACUCCUGCCAAUCACAAUCGGCCCUCCUCUUUUUCCAGCACAGGAAACACCUCUGCAGGUCGCGGCCAGCCCGGGACGGCCACUGCCUCCCAUUGGUCCGCCGCGUUGCCCGUCCGCCGUAGCCCCACCUGCCCGGACAGGGCGUAGCGAAACCUGCCCCUCCUCCCUGCUCCGCCCGCUGAUUGGCUUGCUGGAGAAGGACUGCCGUUUCCUAUUGGCUCGGCCACUGCCACUCUGGUGCGCGGCCCGGUCGUCUCGCCGUUGCCCCUUCGCCCAGCGCACUGGGCGCUCCGCCCUCCACGGCGUCACAUGAUGUUUUCGCCGCGCUGCUGCUGCCGCCGCCGCUGCCGCCCGUGAGUGCGAGUGGCCGGAGCGACUGGCGGAAGCGUGAACUCGGCUGGGGGCGCAGAAGCCAACGCCCGCUUCCCAUGCACGGGGCACUGCUCCGGUGAGCGCGGAUUCCCGCUGCCCGCUCUGUGCCCCUUCCCCGGCGGCAUCGGACCCUGCGUGGCCCCUAAGAUGGCGAGCGGGAUGAAUGGCCCGGGCGGCGGCGGCGGCGGCGGCGGCAGCAGCGAGGAGGAGCCGGGCACCCAACACACGGGAGGCGGAGCCGCGCCCCAGCAGGAGCCCGGCGUGCUCGGCGCGGCGGCGGGCGAGGGGGAGCCGGCGGCGGGCGAGGGCGGACGCUGCCCGUCUCCUCAGCCGCACCACCUGCUGCUGCUAUUGCGGCGCUCCCCCAGCGCCUCGCUGUGCCCGGCGCCCGAGGCCACCCCCGCACCGGGCCGGGCCGUUCCCUCGGCGGGUCGCGGCGGGCAGCCCCCCUCGGCGGGCCGCAGCGCCGGCGAAGACGUGAGGAAGUGCGGGUACUUGCGGAAGCAGAAGCACGGGCACAAGCGUUACUUCGUCCUGCGGGCCGAGAGCCAUCUGGCCCCCGCCCGGCUGGAGUACUAUGACAGUGAGAAGAAGUUCAAGAGCAGCCUGCGGCCGGCGGGGGCCGGCGGGGCGGCUGCGCUGUGCUGCCCCCCACCCAAGCGGGUCAUCCCCCUCUACCAGUGCUUUACCGUGAGCCGCCGGGCCGACGCUAAGCACAAGCACAUCAUCGCCCUGUACACCAAGGAUGAGUACUUCGCCAUGCUGGCCGAGAACGAAGCCGAGCAGGAGGCCUGGUACGAGGCCAUCAGCGAGCUCAUGAAUCAGAGCAAGAGGGGCUUUCUGGAGCAGGAGGACCAUGCUGAUCAGCAGGUAGAUGAGGAUGAUGAGCACUACGGGGCCACCCUGAGGCCUGGCACCGUGUUCAAGGAGGUGUGGCAGGUCAAUGUGAAGCCCAAAGGCUUGGGACAAACGAAGAACCUCACUGGAGUGUAUAGGUUGUGCCUUUCCAGCAAGGCCAUCCACCUUGUCAAGCUGAACUCGGAGGUGCCCUCUGUUCACUUGCAGCUUAUGAACAUUCGCCGCUGCGGGCACUCAGAGAACUUCUUCUUUAUUGAAGUGGGCAGGUCUGCCUCUAUUGGACCUGGAGAACUCUGGAUGCAAGUGGAUGAUUCGGUUGUUGCCCAAAAUAUGCACGAGACUUUUCUGGAUACCAUGAAAGCUCUAAAGGCCUUUGCAGAGUUCAGACCCCGAAGCAAGAGCCAGUCUUCCGGUGGUGGCAGUGGUACGAAUCCCAUAUCCUUCAUCACCACUAGGAGGCACUUGGGCAACCUACCCCCCAGCCAGACAGGCUUGCAGAGAAGAUCUAGAACUGAGAGUGUUGCUGGAGGGACUCCUCCUACCACCAAAAGCAACAAUUCCUAUCGUUUCAGAACAUCCAGUGAAGGAGAAGGAACCAUGACUAGACCUUUUAGGUCAGUGACGGGGAGCCUGAUCCACCUGAAUACUGCAAGGAUGAAUCUGGGCCGUCAAGAAGGGAGUGGAAGGUAUAUGAGAGCUGCUUUCAGCUCAUCUUACCACACCAGGUCUGCUUCGCUGCCCGUUUCUCAUUUUCCCUCCACCACAAGUCCCAUCAGUGUCUCUUCCAGCAGUGGCCAUGGUUCUGCUUCAGACAUGCUGACCAGGCCUUCUAGCUCAUCUGUUUGUGGUUCCCCAAGUGAUGGGGGAUUCAUCUCCUCUGAUGAGUAUGGCUCCAGCCCUGGAGACUUCAGGUACUUUCGGGUGAGGAGUAAUACACCAGAUUCGCUGGGAAACACACCACCUAUCAGAGAGGAGAACUGUCUGAGUGAGUAUAUGUCCAUGAAUAAGCAUCAGGGAGAUGAUGGUUCAAGAGAUGAUUAUAUGGAAGCUGAAAAAUGUUUCAGGAAAAGAACGUACUCUCUAACAAAGCCAACUUCUGUAGUAGUGCAGCAGAAGACAACACAAACUACAGCUUUGUUGGAUGAAGAUUCUGCAGGAAAUCAUGGACGAUUACUUUAUUCUGAAAUACCAAAAUUGAAAGAUAACCGUGAAUUGGAGUACAGUGACACUAACCUUGAUUCCAUGUGUAACCAAAGCAGGAGUAAAGCCAGGGAUGAUGGGUACAUGCCAAUGAUGCCAGGAGUUACAUCUUCUCUUUCCAGCACCAGUGAUUAUUUGCCAAUGACUCCUAAAAGCAUGUCUGUUCCAAAGCAGAUUAACAAUUCAUGGUCACCAUCUCAGGUUGAUUCUCGAGGCUAUAUGAUGAUGUUUCCGAAGGGCAGCUCUUCACCUGUACGAAGUCCUUUAACUGGAUUUGCUUCUAAAGGAAGUAAUGAGAAGGUUAUAAACAACGAGUAUAUGGAUAUGUCACCUGGUAAUUCAGUUCCAAAGCACCCCAGUGAUUCAAAUUAUAUUCAUACCACAUCUGUUUCCAAAGGUUUUAGUUCAUAUUUUUCUUUGCCCCGAAGCUUUAAGGCAUUAUCAGGACAAAAUGGUGACCACAGUGAAUAUGUUCCAAUGUCUUCUCCUGGAAAACUCUUGUAUAGUGCACCAGAAAAUGUAAAGGAGAUCAGCAGUGAUACUCUGGCUAAUGGCAUCUCUAAAUUGCCAAUGUUGAAAGGUUCAGAUGAAGGACUUUUGCAGAACAGGGCUACCAGGCCCACACGACUGCCCCUAGGUACAAGAGGGAGUAAUACCAUCCCUAGAAUGUAUGAUCGUACAGUUCCACCUGAGCCAGCGAGUCCUGGUGAAUACAUAAAUAUUGAUUUUAAUGAAAAGGCGAGUAACACACCGUAUUCCUUAUCUGCAGAAGGAUCUCCAUCAUCUCUAGGCUCAAGUAGUGACCAUAGACAGUCACCGCUCUCUGAUUACAUGAGUGUUGACUUGGAUGUGCAGUCACCAAAAGCAGUGAAGGAGCUGUCAAACUCUCUUACAGAUAUUUCAGUUUAUGCAAGUUCCGGUAUUCCUAGAAACCAGCCAAACCCUGACUAUUCCAGGCUUUCAUUUGGUGCUGCUUGUGUUAGCACGGCAAGUAACAGGACUGAUGACUACACCGAGAUGACGUUCAACAUAGCAGCAACACCACCAAGGCCAUUUGCCACUGAAUCUGACAAUGCUGUAAAGAUGGAUAGUCCAUCUUCCAUCGUUAGUAGACUCUGCAUUGUUGAUAGAUAUGCUGGUAGCAGUAGCUUCUCUGUCCCUAGCUCUGAUCCUCCUAUAGGACCGAAAGUGAUUCGAGCUGACCCUCAAGGCAGGAGGAGACAUAGUUCUGAAACGUUCUCUUCUGCUGGGACUGUGAUGACCUCAUCCUCUUUCUUUACUGACGGUAGCAAAAGACACAGCUCUGCCUCAUUUGACAACGUUUGGUUAAAACCAGAUGAGAACAUUGCUGAUCGUCAGGAAAGCAAAAUGUCCAGGGAUACCUCAGCUGGAUUUCAGAAUGGCUUAAACUACAUUGCUCUGAAUUUACGUGAUGACCGUCUAAGCUGUGAGGCGAGUACUACAGCGCCAGCUUGCCAUCUCCAAAAUGGUACUUCGGGUUUGGACGGUGGAGCUUACGUAAGCAUAGAUUUCAGCAGAUCAGAUGGGCUGAAGUGUAACGCUGCAAGAAAAGACUGAUUGCAUUGCCAUGGAAACCAUUGUUGGAAGAGAAGACUUUCUGCUGGUAACUCCAGAAACUGUGUGGUGCUUUUGGAAGCAAAGCUCAACUCCAGCCGGCUACUUUCAUUUCCACCAGCACGGACAUAGACACACAUCCUUUUAAUUAUUUUUUUUCAUAGACGUCGGCUCUCUACAAUUGAAUUAAUUUGAAUUGACAUUUUUUCAUAGCUGUGCUUUGGUGAUGGAAUUUGGUCUUUCAUGUCCUAUCUAUUGGGAGGCAGUGUGAAUGCUGAUAGGAGAUCCCUGGAUGUCCCUUUCUUCUUUUGCCUCUCUUGUUAAUUAAAAAAAAAAAAAAAAAUCCUAUUCUGAGAAGUCAAAGCUGGUUACUGAUUGUCUGUUGAACAUGGGUUUUACUUCUCUGGUACAUUUACAAGUGGUUAUCUUAAAACAUGUAUUGCUUAGAAAUACUUUGGCAGUUCAAGAUUUUUCCAGGUGACUGGGCAGAAGGAGGGAGGGAGACAUGCACAUUAGCUUGAGGGGUGAACCCAUGAAACUGGAUGGGUCUGAGGAAAAGAGGCCUCUUCUGCCUUUUUUUCUUUUUUUUUUUUUUUUUUUUAAAGUUUUGCUUUUAUGGUACAGGAGGUAUUUCUUGAGCAUAGGCUAGAGGUUUUUAAAUCAAGUGUCUGUCAGAGCUUAAACAGAAUUUUUUUUUUUGCUCAGAAUUUUGGUAUGUACAAAGUAGGAUUAAUGGGCUGGUUGUCUUGUAGAUUGUUUUUGUUCUUGUUUAUAAAUAUUAAUUGUGUAAAAUGAGGCUCUUGUUCAUGGAUUCGAAUGGAGAACUGCGGAGUCAUAUCCAAUGUUUGUGACUUCUGCAUUAGACUUGUCAUCUGUAGCUUUUUAAAGGGAAACCACCCUAAUUGAUCUUACAUUCAACCAAAGUCCCACUUUUCAUCUGGGACUAUUUUUGUUCUUUCUUUCUGGUAUAAUGGGGAAAAAAAGUAAAAUUAAAAUGUUGGCUCAUCAAUUGUCUUUAUCCCACUGACAGAAAUGUGAACAAUGACUAUUUGACAUUUUAAAAAUAAGCCCUGAUUUGUCUACAAUUUAAGUGCUUCACUCUUGUACUGAAAUUUUUUUGGUUGAAAUGAGUUUAGUUUUUUAACACAGCUAUGAAUUUAAAAGAGCAUGACACUAGUCAUAGGUACAUGCAAUGGAUUAUAAAAGGCACUGAUGAUUGCUAAAGGGUUUUAAAGUGGUACACAAAUCCUCAUGCUGUACUGCACCACACAGCUGGGAAUCCUCCACAUGUAUAUUGUACAACGGAUGUGCCAGGCUGCCUCACCUCCAACAACCUUUAGAUUGUUGGUACAGUUUGUGUAACUAAUUAGACACUGUAAGCUUGGAUUGUUCAGUGAUGUGUACCCAGAUCUAUUUCUGAGUAGUAAUGAAAUGUACAUGUCACUAAAAUAAGAGGUGAUUGUUUUGGGGUUUUUUUAGGAAACAUGGUACCAGUCAGCUUACACAAUGUCUAGUAACAGGAAAAACUGUUGCUACAGGGUUUAAAAGCACAGACCUGGUUUUGAUUCUGGAAGAGAAGUUUCAGUUGGUACAAUUACUUGCUGCUAAAGAUACAAGAAUUAAAAACACGACCACUCUUACAGACCAUAAUACUGUCUUGCCAUAUAGCUGUUGGUUGGUCUCAUAAAUGAAUAAUGCAAUACAUAGACAGCUUUUUAUAAAGCUUUACAUCUUUUCUAAGAAAUCAAAAUUUGGAUUAAGAUAGUUCUAAACAUUUAAUGUGAAAGGAAAAGGUUGUUUUAAAGGAAUUUGUUACAUACUUAUUUCAUAUUAGAUUCCCUGAGGCUGCCAUUGUACAAUAUACAGCACUGAUUUAAUACAUGCUGAAUUAAUAAGUAAAUGGGUAACCUCAAGUAUAGUGGUACAAAUACUAAUAGGUACGGCAUAAUAAAUAUGCAAUCUUUUUGAAUCUCUUAGUUUACAGUAACUAAUUUAUUCAGUAUUGUGCUGGAAGAACAUUUUCAGAUGAUGUAAAACAUAUCACUCUAUAUACUACCUUCCAGCUACCCGUUAAUGCUGCUGUAUAGUAUGAAAAUACCAAUGAUAGAACAAUGUUUGUCCUGUAAAUUUAAUUUGAUAUUGGACAGUUAUUAUCUGUACAAACAAAAACAUAUAUGGUUGAAACUGUUCAUUAUAUUUGCUAUUUCUGCUCCACAGAUCUGUUUUAAAGUUGGGCUGAUUGAUCUGGCUUUGUCUUCCAUUGUAAAUAUUGUUCUGUUGUUUUCUUUGUAAAACACAUCACGUUUGCGGUUUUGGGAGACUGGCUUGAAGCUCUGUAUAGUGUUUAUAUUUAUCUGACUUGGCUUUCCAUAGAGCUACUUGCAGUAAAUACGUGUUCAUGUA